UGCUGUUAGCAACACGGAAAGGAACCGAGCUAGCUGUAAACUCCAAUUUGAAAUAAUCGAUUUUUUUUUGUUAGGAUUUCACAUCACAUUGACAAGAGGUGUGACGGAUGUGUAAUUUGGAAUGAUCCAUUGAAGUGUGUCGUUUUAGAAAAAAAAAUUGUCCUCAGUUUUAAUAAGAUUUGUAGAAAUUGCUAAUUUGGCUAGACACUGUUAACUAGCUAGCCACGUUAGCGAGCUGUCACAUAACCGCACGCGGCCGCAUUGUUAAGAAGUUUCUGGCCUUCAACUGAUUUUUUUUUUAAGACGUCGACUUUUAUGGGAUCACCAUGUCAAUGAAGGCCGGUGGAAAUCGAGGCAAGCCCGGUGGGGGCAACGCGGCUGGUGCGGCCGCCUCGGGUGCUGGAGGAAGCGGCGGGGGAAGACAGAAUUUGGGCAGGGGAAGACACAGUGGCAAAGGCCCUGCAGCAGUGAUUUUCAAUGGUGUGUAUGCAAAUAUGAGGAUGGUCCAUGUUUUGACUUCAGUGGUGGGGACCAAAUGUGAGCUGAAAGUAAAAAAUGGAGCAGCAUAUGAUGGAGUAUUUAAGACAUAUGGUCCAGAGUGUGACCUGGUGUUGGACGCAGCCCACAGAAACAGCCCAGAGUCCAACAUAGGCCCCAGGAAGGAAGAUAUUGUAGAAAGCAUCAUUUUUAAGGCUUCUGAUGUUGUAGUGGUCACCUUCAAAGACGUGGACUUGAAUUUCGCCAGAAAAGUCUCUGCUGACGCAGACAACUUCACUGAUGCGGCGGUUAGUGGUCGAAUUAAUGGCGAACAUAAAGAGAAAGACCUGGAGCCCUGGGACGGGGGGGACACUCACAACUCGGACAGCCUUGAGUCCCUGGAUACAGAUGUGUCAAACGGAUGGGACCCGAACGACAUGUUCAAAUACAACGAGGAGAAAUAUGGAGUCCUGUCUACUUAUGACAGCAGCCUGUCCACAUACACGGUCCCCUUGGAGCGGGAUGACUCGGAGGAGUUUCAGAAGAGGGAAGCUCGUGCUGCCCAGCUGGCUGAGGAGAUAGAGGCCAGCUCUACAUAUAAGGCCCGGGUGGCUCUGGAAAACGAUGAGCGCUCCGAGGAGGAAAAAUACACAGCUGUGGUACGAGGGGAGAGGGAGACUCACAUGCUCAGCAGAGAGAACAAGUACAUUCCUCCGGGUCAGAGGAACAGGGAGGCCAUGUCAUGGGGUGCAGGACGGCAGAAUUCAACACGUCUGGGUCAGAGCUCAGCUGGAGCAUCAGCCUCUCGGCCGGGACCCCAUGACUACAGUCCAAACUCCGACCAGAGGGUGGUGAACGGAGGUUCAUCCCAUUGGCCCUCACCUUGUCCGUCUCCCUCUUCCCGUCCCCCCUCUCGUUACCAGUCUGGCUCCUCCUACCUGCCUCCUCGGGCAACCUCGCCCGCCAGGCCACCCUCCAGACCCCCCUCUCGACCUUCCAGACCUUCCUCUCAUUCAUCCCACCCCUCCUAUCCCUCCUCCUCAUCCUCAUUUCCUCAACACGGGCCCACGUCGCUAGCCUCCACUCUGCCCAAACGCAUGUCCUCAGAAGGUCCUCCGAGGAUGUCUCCAAAAUCGCAGCGAACCCCUCGUGCUCACAGAGUUCCACCUUCACGAAUUAGUUCAGUCUCCACCGGAGUGGACUUGGCUUCCCAUAAUCCACCGGUGGAGGUUUCAGCAACACCUCCAACCAGGAGUAGCUCCUCUGGAGGGACCUGGUCUUCGGUGGUCAGUGGAGCUCACAGACCUCGGUCUCCACGCCAGAACAAUGUGGGUCGAGCCUCUCCCGGCUCCUCCUCCCUCUCCUCACCUCAGCAAGCAGCUCCUGUAGAAAGUGUGACGUCACUGACAUCAGCUUCCACUGCUGCUGCUAGCCCCGCCCCCAACACCGCCGCCUCUUCAUUAGGAGAUGCUAAAGAAUGUCGUGUCCAGGAGACGAGACAAUCAUCUCCUUCAGCAAACAAUGAGAACAUGAAGCCUUUGGACAACUCUCCAAGCAUCACAAGACCACUCUGUAAAGGACCUCCUUCUAUGGCAACUGACCACAGAAAGCAAAUAGAUAAUUUGAAAAGAUUUAGUGUAGAUUUUAGAUUGCAACCUAGUUCCAAUCCAGACUCUGCCUUGGACCAGAUUAUGACCAAGCCCAUCAGAGACCCCUCAGAUAAGCCAAAAGAUCUCACACUGGACAAAGCCUCUGCAGCGGGACGAGAUGGCACUGAGGAGGGGGUUGCGGCGCUCGCUGCUGGCAACUCAGGAGCUGGGCCCGCUUCAUCCACUAGUGCCACAAUCAGCAGUAAACCGGGCAGCCCUGCAGCGCCUUCCCCGUCUCCCUUAGCUCCUGACCAGAAGCGAGGGGGGCAGGAUGUGACAUCACAAGGAGUUCAAACGACACCCACGUCCACACUGAGUGGAUCCAAGCAUGAAGAAAAGGAGGAGAAGAAAGAGGCAGUACAGGAUCAAGUAAGAAAAUCAACCCUGAACCCAAAUGCUAAUGAAUUCAAACCCAGGUUUAAUACACAGCCUAAGCCGGCCAACACCCCAACGCCUCCUCGACCACAAGGCCAACCCAGCCCCUCCAUCAUGGUCCAGCAGCCCCCAACGGUCUACGGCUGCUUUCCUCAGAUGUACCCGCUGACACCCGUCAGCCCUGGAGUUCAGAAAAGCAUAAUAUGGAAGUCUCCAGCUGUGUACCAGGUCCAAAUGCCUCAUAUGGCCGUGAGCCAGUCUAAACCUUACAGACCAGGUAAAGUUCCCAACAUGCCCCAGCAGAGGUCUGACCAGCACCACCCGCCUGGAACGCCUACAAUGAUGCACCCAGCGACUGCAGCAGGACCGCCCAUCGUAGCACAGAACCCGGCCUACUCUGCGCAGUACUUCACCUGCAGCCCGCAGCAGUUCACCAGUCAGCCACUGGUUCAGCAGAUGCCACACUACCAGUCACAGGCCCAGCAUGUGUUCAGUCCGGUCAUGCAGGGCAGUGCCAGGAUGAUGGGCCCUCCUACGCAUGGCCAGCCCGGCCUGGUUUCUUCUUCUACUACCCAGUAUGCAGAGCAGACCCACACCAUGUAUGUUUCUCAAGGGCCGAUGCCUCAACAGUACGCUCACCCCAACGCCACCUUACACCCUCACCCUCAGCACCCCCAGCCCUCCGCCACCCCUACAGGCCAAGCCCAGCAGGGCGGUCCUCCGCAGCAUGGGGGUCCUCCCAGCCACCCUGCAGCCAGUCCGGUCCAGCAUUCUCAGCACCAGCAGGCAGCAGCAGCGGCGGCAGCAGCCCAGGCCCUCCAUCUAUCCAAUGCCCCCCCACAGCAGCAGAUCUACUCAGCCAUGGCCCCAACGCCCCCUUCCAUGACGCCUAACCCCCAGUCCCCCCAGGCGUCGUUCCCCUCUGCUCAGCAGACUGUGUACAUCCACCCUCAGCAGGUGCCGCACGGCUACAACCCCAACCACAUGGCACACAUGCAGCAGGCCCAUAUGCAGUCUGGUAUUGUGCAAUCUCACCACCCAGCACCCACCCACCCCCCGAUGAUGCUCAUGGCCACGCAAGGUCAUCCAGGGGGUCCACAGCCACCGAUGCCACAAACUGCCCUGAACGCCAUCCCAGUUUCCUCCACUACGCAUUUCUCCUACCUGGCACAUCCACAAGUUCAGGCUCAUCACCAGCAGCAGCUGUAGAUGGGAGGGGGCGCCAGUGAGCCCGGGGACCCGCUCUGCUUCCUGCUUUUCAACCAGAGCCUCCAUGUCAAGGCGGCAAGGGGAACAACAGCCUCCCCCUCCUCUCUUCCUUCACCCGACAUGCUUCACGUCAGCGUUUCUCUCCCUUCUCCCUCCCAGUCAGACUAGGCAAUAAGUGAAUGUUAACAAGUUGAUCAGCGACAUGUUUUAACAAGUUUUUAAGAACAAGACGUCUCCUGUUCAGACCCGACCCCUGCUAUAGAAAGGGUCAACUAGAGUCAGCUUGCUGAGUAAAACAUGAGAGCCUUGCUAAGAACUGGAACGUGUUUUCUGUCUGCACCUUGUUAUGGGAAAGAAAUCUUCCAACCUUAGACAGUAUUAAUCUUACUGUUUAUUACUGCUGCUGCUAAGUGCUGCAUUUGUUUCCAAACUACAAGACAAGUUUCUAACCAAACUAAAAACCGAAAAAUGACCAGAAACUUCUUUUGAGGGGGAAAAAAAAUAAGAUAAAGCAGCCCAGAGGACAGGAGAAAUAUUAUUUAUAAAACUAUGACGGCUGAGGUGAUCAGAUCCCACUAUCUCACCUGACCCUGAUGUAACUUUUAAGUUAAAACUUUUACUUUGUAGAUAAUAUAAAUAAUUUAGAAAAAU